AUGGGUGACUUCAAUACUAUCCUGACUAGUGAAAAUAGGAUUAAUGGUAACCCUGUCCAAGAGAUUGAGAUAAGGGAUUUCAAGAAUUUCCUAAUGGAUGCAGGAUUAGAUGAGCUGAAAACUGUGGGAAGGCAAUACAUAUGGUCUAAUAUCCAUGUCCAUAGUAGGAUUGGUGGAAUCCUGGCAAAUGCAGAAUGGAUACAACAAUGGUCUCACAUGGAGGGAAUCGUUAUGAAUCCAGGUUUUUCUGAUCAUUGUCCUCUCAGUUUGGGGUUUGACAUCACUAACCAAGCAGGCAUGAGACCUUUCAAAUUUCUCAUAUGCUUCGCAAGCCUAAGUGAGUUUGAUGCAACUGUAAAGCAAAUCUGGAGGAGCAGCAAAAGAGGAUCUGCCAUGCUAUCUAUGUGGAACAAGCUCAAAACACUGAAAGGGGCCCUGAAAGAACUGAACAAACAAGAGUUUAGUGGAAUAGAGAGCAAGAUACAAGCAACAAAAGGGAGGUUAAAAUGUAUAAAAGACCAAAUGAAUAUCCCAGGUCAAGAUGCUGAGAGAGUAGCCCUUGAAAAAGCUACAAAGUUAGAAUUGGAGAAAUGGUUGAUGGUUGAGGAAAAUGUUCUGAAAUAA